GCAACUCUUUAUAAAAUCCAUCUUUUUCCUUCACAUGGCGUAAUCGUCUAUCUUUCUCUGUAUAUGUGGCGUUUGUGGGUAAGACAUUGUGCUGCCUGACGCAUUGCUUGUUCCUUGUAGACUUUUGACACCUUGACCGCUUUUCUUCUUGGCGAAAGCUCUUUGGAGACAUCAGCAUCCAUCGCAUCAUGGGCCUAGAACGCAAUUUCGCAGGCGAUCACAAGGCGCACUUGGGCUACUGGGGGCCUCCUACUUCUGUUGCCAACUUUUGUGAAGAAGACUACGCCGUCACUCUCUACAUCGGCGAAUUCGUCAACAGCUUCACGAAUCUGGCAUACGUGUACUGGGCAUUUCGAACGCUGCUCCCUGGAGAGAGCUUGCUCACCCAGCCCUCUAACCUCGCUCUGUUCUUUGUCGGGGUUUUCUCUCUGGUCUUCCAUCUCACCCUGAAAUACGAGACGCAGGUCUGCGACGACCUGUCCAUGUUCUGGGUGUGCGCCGCCCUCGUCUACGAGUUGUACACCCUGGGCUGGUCGAAACCCGCCAAAUUGGCCUUCGGUUCGAGCCUGACCGCUGUUCUCGGGGUCAUCAGCGCCUACCAUUACGCACUCCAUCAGCUGUGGCUGCAUAACACAACCUUCAUCGCCCUGGUCACCGCGAUCUGGCCGAGAGUAUUGUAUCUGAUCCGGACCAGGUUCAAAGGCGAGCAAAAGCGGUAUUGGACCAAGCAAUUCCGGGUUGGCGGCUUGUGCUUCCUCAUGGGGUUCGUCGUGUGGGUGAUUGACGCAGCUUAUUGCGGCGCUCUACGGGAGACCAGAAAGCAGCUGGGGAUCCCUCUUGCCUUUGCCCUGGAACUGCAUGGGUGGUGGCAUAUCCUAACAGCUCUCGGAGCAGGUUAUUGUAUUCGGGUGACCAAGGUCCUGACCCAAGAACACUCGUCCCCGUAACGUGCGAUAGAGCCUCAACGGUCCCAGAGCACCCUGCAGCAACACCGCAACGGUCCAACAAUUGCCUGAUGAGUGGACCAGCCGAAGCGCUAUCUGAGCAGCUUAUCAGCACAUCCACAUCAGUGCCACUCCAGAGGCCAUGAGCUCAUCCUCGACCCAAAAGAUCUCUGAUGGUCCAUUCAGAUAUCGCCAGGCGAACAACGAAACCACCCGAUAGGCGCUUCGGAAGGAACCCCGGCUGGUCCUGCCGCGACAGAUCACCUAGCAAAACUGGGGAAUGAUAUCAAUGGUUAUAAAAACACGUCAGAAGCACUUCCAAUUCUUUUUCUCAAUGGCCACGGAUGUUGUUCGAUUGUAUAAUGUUUGAGUCGAGCAGCAAUUCUUCGCGACCCAGCGGAAGAACAGCC